ACCAAAAGCGUCUAGUCGUGAAGUGCGUCUGGUAGUGAGUAGUGCGAGUAGUUGUGGUGUUGUUGUGUAGUGCAGUGUGUUGCUUGCCAUUUGUGUAUUUUCCUGUCCAUCCUGUAGUGCGAAUACGAACCCGAGAAUAAUGCUGCCAGUCAUGUGCUAAAUUUAAAACUUGCAUGUGAUGGUGUCAGUUUUCAUGGUUGUGAUAGAGUAAAAAUAAUAGAGGUGAAAAUUAAGCCAUUUCUUAUGCUGAGCAGAAGUUUGGGAAAACGGUUGGAUAUGUGGUUCACAGGAAAGCUGGACCUGUCUAACCAAAAGGAUGCACUGUUCAACGACCUUAUGCAAGAAUGUAAACAUGCAGCUCCAGGUGCUAGGUUGUCCUAUCAAUUAAGAACUAAACUGGAAAAGUUCAGUCGAGAAGAAAGAAAGGAAAUUGUGUGUCGUCUGAAAGAUGGUUGUGCACCGUUGUUUAUUGCCUGCAAAAGGGGUCAUGUGGAAAUCGUCGAAUAUUUAAUAACAGUAUGUGACGCAGAUGUAGAACAAAAAGGACUCUAUGAAGUGCCUGAUGAUCACUCUGUUCACUGUGUGACUCCAUUGUGGUGUGCUGCUGUUACUGGUCGGCUACCAGUAAUAAAGUGUUUGGUGGAACAUGGUGCUGAUAUCAAUGCUAUUUCUGAUUCUGGAUCAACUCCUGUACGUAGUGCCUGCUUCAUGACACAUCUGGAGAUAGUAUCAUAUUUGGUAGAACAUGGUGCAGAUAUACUAAGACCAAAUUAUAAUGGUGGUACUUGUCUUAUCAAUUCUGUUCAGAGCGUGCAGCUUUGUUUAUAUCUGUUGCAAAACGGCGCAUCUGUGAAUACGCGUGACAUUCAAAACAAAACAGCACUGCAUUAUGCCAUUCAGGAACAUCGUUUUGAGACCACGAAGUUGUUGCUAGAUCAUGGUGCGGAUCCACAUGCUAGAAGUAGAUACAAUGAUGAUGCGCUCCAGACAGCGUGUUUAAAGGGAGCUGUCCAAAUUUUCGAUUAUUUGAUAUACCGUGUAAAGUAUGAUCCUGAAGCGUUAGCAAAUGCUCACGAGCUAAUGGGGUCAACAUUUCUUGAUGAACAUAACGAUACAUCCACGGCUCUGAAGCAUUGGCGAAUUGCUACGAGAAUUCGCUUUACUCACGGAGUCGAUGGUGAACCUCUUCCAAAGCGUCCUCUCAUGCCUCCACGAGCAGCCUUCCGAUACGCCACAGAAUUCAGAACGUUCGAAGAUCUUAUGAAUAUAUCUUUUGAUCUGGAUGCUAUGCGGUACCAGAGUUUGCUGAUAUGCGAACGAAUCUUAGGACCUCAUCAUAAAGAUACAUUGUUUAGGUUGAUGUAUCGGGGUGCAGCGUACGCCGAUGCACUGAGAUAUCAGUGUUGUAUAGACCUGUGGCGACGUGCUUUGGAAAUAAGAGUGGAGAAAGACACUAUUUUGUAUAAUGAUACUUGCUUCACUGCACAAGCCCUUGUUCGCCUGUUUGUUGACUUGAAUGAGAAGAAUCUUGAAGUACUUGGUGCUGGACAGCCAGAAGGAGAACCUCGCUUUGAAGAUGUGGCCGCUGUAUUUCAGUUGCUUGGUCGUGAACUUCCAGAUAUGAGGAAGCUGCUUGAGGUGCGACCAAUUCAAAAACGGCAACAAGAAAGUUUUGACCGAAUACUAAAAUGCAUCACUCACCUGAUUUAUCUGCUUGUGGAAACUGCACGUUCACCUGAUGAGCGCAAACAUGUUGCUCAUAUGGUGGAGGAAUUAAUUCAGUCAAAUCCCCGAUCAGCUUCAACUGGUGACACAUUGCUUCACUUGUGUGUUUCAAGGCUGAAUACAAUAAAAAGUUCCUAUUUUCAAGAUGACAACCAGAUGAUAUUUCCUAAUAUGGAAGUUAUACGACUUCUUCUUGAUUGUGGUGCACCAGUGAAUGCAAGAAAUGAAUCACGAUCAACACCACUUCAUGUAGCAGCAAAUCCAUAUAAUUUCUACAGCCCACUUGUACAGCUUCUGUUGGACCAUGGAGCACAUUUGGACACACCAAAUAGAGCUGGUGACUCUCCUGCUGUUUUUGUGGCUGUGAAUCCUCUGAACAACGUUCAUUUGGUGAACUAUAUCACAUUGCGUUGUAUGGCAGCUACAGCUGUUGCAAAGUACAAAAUUCCUUACAAAGGACAGAUACCAGUCACUCUGGUUGACUUCGUUCGAUUUCAUGAACCUUGAAAUGAUUUACGUAGGCAUGGUUUACCUAGAAACUUGAAAUUUCUCAGAUGCAGUGCUUUCACUUAAGAGCAGUUGCUUUGCAGAUUGUGUGUGUGUGUGUGUGUGUGUGUGUGUGUGUGUGUGUGUGUGUGUGUUUUAAUUGGAUUAUGUUAGUGUGGUGCUAAUGUCACCUGACUUACAAAGGCUACAAAUGGCUAAUGGCUCACAUUGUGUUUACAAUAUGACACUGUGCAUUAAUCUUCAUGCUUAGUUUCUAGUUAAAGUAAUGGUCUGAGCUUUCAGUUAUUGCUGUUAGCAAACAGCCUUAUUAUCAGAAACAAAAGUUGUAAAAUUUAGUGUGGUAAGGGUUAUUAACCCAAGACUUCUAUGUGAUAUGCCGAUUUCAGGUUUCUUUUAUUAGGUAGAGUGGUCUGCACAGCUGUUAACAUGAGGGUGUCGUAGUAUGUAGGUACUGAAUCUAAGUGCAGUACAUGUGCCAUUUGCUCAUGACUACCACUCUGUGCACAGUGAAACCACAUUCUUCAUAUUGAAUAAGUGUGGUUUUAUAUACUGUACAUAUAUGCUAGUAUUUAGUCACAGGACAGAAACUUAUUUAAUAAGUUUUUUGAAAGAUUGAAUCAGAGCUGCAAUACUCAAUGUAAAGCUGGUAAUUUUGAAAAGAACACGAGUGUGAACAGUGUCAUUUCUGUUACUUUUGGCUGUCUUGUCAGUGUAUCAAUUUUCUGGUUUGGAGAUUUGGUUACAAACAUUUAGCAAUUAAUUAUUAUGAAAAUAUGAAUAUACAUGGUUUUUAUUUUUAUUUUGUUUGAAUGAGGCAUUGUUCCUACUCACCAUUAAUAUUUCAGGAACUGGUAAAAAUGAAAUACAUUAUGCAUGUACCUGAAAAGCUAACUAUUUUGUAGAAAUUGAUGAAUGAAAUAAUUUGUGAAUUUCACAAGUUGAAUUUUUUAAUCUGUCAUUCGCUCGUUUACCAGAGUACUGUUGUUUUUACAUGUCUACCAAUAUAGCAGAAUGUUAAUUUGUUAUUCAGUUACAUUCUUUCAGAAAAUGUUUAAUUUUGAUCACUGAUGAGUUCUAGGUCACAUAUAAAUGUAAUAAUACAGAUAGACAGAUAGUGAGAGAUUUGCUUUAUUUGGAAGCAGUACUUGCCUAUAUAAUAUUAUAUGCUUUUGCAUUUUCACUUGUGUGUUAAGUUGUUUAAUUUAAUUUGAUUUAAUCUCGAAUGAUUUAUUGUUUGUGGUUAGUGCAGUGAUAUUAUGAGUAACAAUGUGAUGUUUAUGUGUCUACUUGUUUUCUUUUACCGUUUUUUUAUCUCGGCCUUUCUUGCCUCCUGUCCAUGCCCAUGUCUCUGGCAUAUUUUAGUAUAAAGUAGAGGUUUUCACAUUAAACAUAUAUUUACUGAGUGGAAACAAUAAUUAGUGGAGAUGUGUAUAAUUUUUGCAUUGUGUUCUCUAGGAAUCUGAAUUACUGUGCAACAUCAAUAAAUUACACAAAGCAGUUAUGGUGUAUCCUUAAGCCCUGAUGGACCUAGGCAAACAGUAUUAGCAAUUGAAUGUGUUAUUUGAAGGCAGAGUAGAUAUAUGCAGCUAGAAACACAAAAGAAAUGUAAUAAUUGAAAAGUUAUUUGCAGUAACUGAAUACAGCUAAUUAUUUAGUUUCAUUUUUUGUUAAAUAGGUUUUUAUGUUGUUUUGUUUACUUAUUGCUUUUACUACUCCUUUUUAUUCCACUACAGACCAUUUGUAGUUUGCAAUAAUCUAUCUUAGGCAUUAAGAACAGACUGUUUUGUAAUAAUUAUAUUUCAUGUCACUGCAAACAGUUUUCUGCUCCAUUCAUAACUGGCAGAUAUUUUGUGUUGGCACUGAAGCCUUAGAAAUAGCCAUACAUAGUGACUCAUUAUGGAUAUGUUAAAUGCCUUAAAAAUCAGAUGCUUCUCAGUGAAAUUACUCAUUCACCUCAAUUGCCUAAAAUGAGAAGAAAUCAGUGGACAGCACCAACUGCUGUGUCAUGUCAGCUGAUAGGAAUAUAAAAUAUUAUCUGUAAUUACCAGUGGCAUGUAUAGGGACCAGAAAAAUUCGCAUUUUGUGAUAAAUGCGAAAUAGAUACAAAUUCUGCCUCAAAAUGCAAAAACACAAUUAUUUAAUAGACACUAUUUCAUAGCAAAUUGUAUCCGUAUGAACUAUUUUAUCAGAGAUAGUUUGAAAUAGCUUUAUUUUCUGCAUAUAAAUAUCAAAAUCCAAUUUUCAGUUACUGGUAUUGUACAUCAUCUGGCGAAGCCCAGUUUGGGAAGAUAAAAGUGCAUAAGAAGGUGUUUGCAAAGUAAGAAGUGUAAGAGUGCAACAGUGUAAUAAUGCGCACAGUGAUCUGGCACCAUGCCAAUUCUGGAUGAUUGAGUGGUCUAUUGAAGAUACACACUACGUAAUGCAACAUACUAGUACUCAGCUGUGGCACCUAGCAUUUUACAACAACACAAAAAUGCAUAUGUUUGCUUGUUAUCCAAAGCUCAAAAGAUGGUUAUAAUGUAGAAACUCAAACAUUACUAGAAGUCGGGCCUGAACUACUUCGUUAGCAAUUCAGUCCUAACCUCGACAAGCAAUUGUGCAUAGCCAUCCCAGAAUGCCUUGCAUCAUGCAUUGCUCGUGGUUUUCUUUCCUUAUUUUGAAAAAGUGAAGCAACUAAUCCUGGUCUAUCACAGAUUUCAAUUAUUACCAUUACAACACCAGAAGAGAUCAGCGAUCUGUGUAACAAUGUGUCAUUCCUGCUUUAGGCUGCUACCCUGCUAAACGGAGGUGGGGCUUGUUUCCCUGCGCCUCUCCCCUUCUGUCUGGCACAAAAUUCUAGUUUGUUUACAUUUGUGGCUAUCUACCACUAUAGCCAAUAAUGCCCGCACUCUGCGCUGUAGGAACUGGAAAACGAAAUCUAUAACUUUUUUUGACUGCGGCAAAAUCCUUCCCUUACCAUAAAAAUAGAAUUACCGUACAUUCAGUUCUACUUCUAUGCAAAAUACCUUGUCAGUUCAAUUUGUAGUGUUGUCAAGAGUGGGUCUCACAGCUAUGAAUGCCCAGUGGAAGUUGAAGUCAGUAGUCUGCAGAUUUUGUAAUCAUUGAAUUAGGCAGGAAAAGACAAGUAAUGUCCAGAAACCCCUUAAUUUGGUGACACAUUCAGUUCACUGGCAGCAAAAUGCUGCUGCUCUUCAACAGAACUAUCAUUCCUCAAAGCUUAAAUACUGCCAAAUCAAGAAAACAAAGGCCACUUUGGAACAAAAAGGUGUUGAACAUUUUUGCAGGAGCAAACAAUCUAAUCAAAAAGUCCCCACUCGGCACUUUUUUAAUAGUAAACUCCAAAGAAAUUAGGCUUUAUUCCUCUUCACUAACGUAGCGAGAUAACCUUUCAAAUUAGUGCAUCUAAUCAUUUAAAAACACAAAAAAUAGAUGCAAAUUUUGCCACAAAUAGAUGCAGAUUUUGUCAAAAAUAGAUGCUACAUUUUCUGGUCCCUAGGCACGUAAAUACAAAUCUUUAUGCAUUGAGCUGUCCUCUUGCCAACCACCUUGCCCUAAAGUGUUACGUAUUCUCAUCACUUAUAAAGAAAUUCAGUCAAAAUAUUUGAAUAUUGAAAUGUGUAACUGGCUAGUAUGUCCCUUACUUCCUGAUCGCUGAGUUUCAGCUUUUGCAUCUACAUUGUAACUAGAGAUGUAUAUACUCUUUCUAGGAAUAAUAUUACUAUGGAUGUCUUUUCAUCUUGAGGCUCAUCAGUAUUUGAAACUGAUAAGAGUUUGCAAAUCAUCCUCACUGACCACUAAUGAAUUUAUGCAGAUAAUCAGUUUUCUGCUGUUUGUGUGACAGUUUCUGGAAAAGCGAUAGCAAAACCUUGCCUGGGUGAACAUAUAAUGGAAAAGUUUACUGUUGUAUCCAUUUCCAACAGCCUACACCGCAAGUAUACAGUGGAAAUGCAUAUUAUGAAUGCAUUUUAUUAAAAGGAAAAUUCAGCUGAGAAUAAUGUAAACCUACAAAAAGACAAAGUGGCCACUCAGCAAGUGAAAUUUGAUAGGCACAUGUCUAUCGGCAGUACUUACCUCUUGAAAACAAGUACUCACCAGCCAUUCUCUCCCCUUGCAAGUUUGUUAUGAAUAAGUGUUGUUGUAAUUAGGACUAUGUUGCAACAAUACAAAUUUCAAAGACUUAGUGUUCAAAUUUAGCAGACACCCAUGAAAAAUAACUAGCAAGCUUAAGGUCCCAAUUUACCAGAUCCAACAUCAUAAACAGGUCCCAUGUGUUAUUAGUUCUUAAGACAGAAAGAGGCUUGGGACUUAACACUGGACAAUGACUCACAAUUUAGCUAUGUAGAUCUGUAUACUGCCAUUUUCGGUGCCCAUUUUAAUAGGUUUACUUAUCUUGAGUACUCUAUAUAACUAUGAUGUGACCAGUGCAGCAGAGGAGGAUAAUUAGCAAAGGACGAAACAAGAAGAUUAAGCAAAGCUAAUCUGACAAAAAUACUUAAAAUAAGUGAAAGGCAAUGGCAUUCUUAUAGAGGAUUGGUGCAAAGUGCACAAAACACAUAACAGUAAAUGGUUAACACCAACUUUCAAGUUCUUGCUCUUUCUCUGGUAGGAGGACUCUUCCCCCCCCCCCCCCCCCCCCACACACACACACACACACACACACACACACACAGAGACAAGACAAGACAGUGUGAGAGAGAGAGAGAUAGAGAAGGGGGCAAAGGAGGAGGUGGUUUCAGUGUCUGUGCGGUUGUUUGUGUGUUAAUGUGUAUAAUCCUACCAUAAAAAGAGUAAGAGCUUGAAAGCUAGUGUUAUCUGUUUUCAAUCCUCCUUACGUAAGUGGUUGUUUUUGCUUAUUUUACAUAUUUUUCCACCCUGUUGAAAAUACUAAUAUGCAGUGAGAAUCUGUAAGGGAGCCAGUGUUAAACAACAACUACUUAUUAAUAUAUAUUUAAGCAGACAGAGAAGUACAAAGAGUGAAGUGAUGGUAUGCAAAUCUUCGUGAAUCAACAAGGGUGAAACAAAAAGAGCUGGGAAAGUGAUUCCGCAUAGAGAUAACACAAGAAUUUUGUUUAGGAUCAUUCGCAACUGAAUAUUUACUGUAGUGCUUAAAAGUUUGCUUUCUAAAUAUUGUUGCAUAUCAGUAGGCAAUGGAUACUGAUACAAACAGUUAGUGACAAAAAUUGUAGUUGUCGGAACCAUAGGUUUCUUUGUCUUUUAGACGUGAUGGAAGGACUUGGGGAAAUAAACUCUUUAAAAAAAUGAAAUGGGGGGGGGGAUUGUCCCAGGACCUUGCUAAAGGUGGAACAACAGGACACGUCUGGAGGAAAAUUGGUAUUGAGUUUUCCUAUACUUCCCUCCUAUCACAGUAAGACUGGUUGCUGUUUAAAAGAAAUUUUUCACUCUGAAAUGAAGUAAGCAGUAUAAGGCUCAUUACGACAAUGUAUCCAUGAGGGGUCUCCCCCCCCCCCCCCUCCCUCCCGGCUCAAAUCCCUUGAUGAGAAAACUUGGGUUGGGGGGAGGGGGGGGGGGGGAAUGCUUGACUAAAGCAUCAUUCCAUAUGUUGGAGAACAAAUACGUUAAUACAGUUCUCAAUGUAAAACAAAUCAUUCAGAGCUGACUUACUGACUGGUAACAGUUUGUCAAUUGUAGAGAUCCACUGACAAUUGUGAGUAAUGUGUCAUCUGCAAAUAUUAUCCAAAAAUAAUAUGAUGUUACUACAGAUUUACAAAUUUUCCCUUUUUUGAGGAGCUUUACAUUAUAGUAAGUUUGUAGUUUGUCUUUGUUGCUUUACUGUAAAACAAAUUUAAUUGUAAGUUUUGACAUGUAAUGAAAAUCAAGAUUAGAUUCAAUGAUCAGCUAGUAGACGGAAAAAAGUGAAAACUGUGCUUGAGAUGUGAGUACCACAGGAAAUAUUUGUUUGCAGUGAUUCUUUAUAAGUUUUUUUGCCAAGUACAAGUAGUGAAAUUUCACUUCUGUCAUUGUUAUGAAGCCACACAGGCUAUAAUGCCGUAGAAGUAUGGGUAAAUGUUCUAUGUGUUCAACAAUCAGGUAGCAGCCAGUAUCUUUUAACUAGAAUCUGUGAUAAUUGUACAAAUUAAUUAGUGGCUUAUAAGGUGAAAGUUUCUAAUAGUUUCGUAUUGUCAUCAUUAUUCUCUACACCACUGAAAUUUUUAGCUGACUUAGUUACCUGCUGUUUAAUAUCUGUAAAUGUUACAUCACUGUAUGUCUCUGUAACAUAAACAAAAUUCAGCAUAUAGUUGUACUUAAAUAAAGCAUUUUGGUUUUACCUUUUCUUAA